AUGUACAUGCCACCAGAUAGAGUGAUUGUCACAGGGAACAUUGUAUGGCGUGGCUUUCAUUUCAGCUUGAUCGAAGGCAGUCGGAACUGGGUGCUAGCUUUCGCACCACAUAAGUGCAGUCAGUACAUGGAAUUGUCAUGCGGCGCCUGCGAGGAGAAAACAAAUCAGGAUCCGUGUCGUGCCGGGCGAAUAAGACGAAAUCCUACUAUCAUUAUCGAAGAUGAUUGUGAAGAUGCCCACGUUCGUGUUCCUCCGAACUUCGACCGGGUACCCGGACCCUCGGUAGAGGAGGAUGAGACGCGAAUUCAGAUGCUACAGAAGCGUGCGCCUGGACGCGCUUUGGCGAGAAAAAAUCAAUCGGCUCGCAUGUCCCCACUCUCAGAGCCCGAUGUAUGGCCACUGACGCGGGGAGAUGUGACCGGUUCUCCGGUGGCGUCCAGGGUGUUUCCGAGGAAAAAUGAGGAUAUGGGUACGGGUUUGCAGCUGUGCUUGGUCGCUUUUGCGUACUUGUGGAGUAGAGAUCUCGGAGGGAAGUGUAUGGAGACGAGUGACGUAGACUUUUCGUUCCGGUGGAGGAAGAUGACGACGAUGCUGAUGCAACUGGAGGCGCGGUGUUAUGAUGGGAACUAG